AUGAAGUCCCUCGCACUUGCUACUUUUUCUCUUUAUUCAUAUUGCCUUUGGUUGAUCUUUGCUUCAUCACUUUCCACCUUGUGUUUCUGUAAUCACAACUCAGAUAAAGCAGAUAAAGUACACCGUGUAGCCACAGAAAGAUUGGCGCUUAUUAUGUUCAAGAACAGUCUCGUGGACAACGCCGACCACCUCUCUUCUUGGUCAGGCGAAGACUGUUGCAGUUGGUACGGUGUGGUCUGCAAUAACAUCACCCACCACGUCCAGGAGCUUCGCCUCCGUGGAUCUGUCGAUGGCUAUUGUCAUGAGGUAGAUGACAGCGAUGAUUAUGAACUCGAAGAACCCAAAAAACAAAUGCUAGGAGGAAUCAUAAGUCCUUCUUUGAUCAAGUUAGAACAACUCCGGUACCUAGACUUGAGUUGCAAUGAUUUUGGAUUCAUCCCGAUUCCAGCAUUCAUCGGCUCUCUGCGGAAUCUGAGAUAUCUUAACAUCUCAAAGUCGCAAUUCCAAGGGGAAAUUCCUCACCAGCUUGGGAAUUUAUCAUCGUUGCUUGUUCUAGAUGUUCAUGACAAUGAUAUUAGCUCGGAGAAUUUAAAAUGGAUAGAGAAUCUGAAGCAGUUGCAAUACCUGAAUAUGGGUGGCAUCAACCUCACCGGAGCUUCAGAUUGGCUUCAGGCAAUCAACAGUCUACCUUCUUUGCAUGAACUGCACUUUUCUUCAUGUCGCUUAACUCAAAUUCCUAGUUACCCGACCAGAGUUAGUUUUACUUCUCUCAUCGUCUUAGAUCUUUCGUAUAACUCCUUCUAUGGUUUAUUGCCUGGAUGGGUUUUCAGUCUUCCUAAAUUAAUUACGUUAGAUCUUACUGCUUGUUUUAUCAAUGGUCUAGAUCUCAGAAGUCAAGGUGGUUUUAAUAGCACACCCUCUUUGAGGACUCUUCGUAUUUCAAGAAACGCUUUUGCAAAUUCUUCUUCAUUUCUAAACGGGUUGUCCAACUUAAAUAAUCUCCGUUUUCUUGAUGUUAGUUUCUGCGAUAUUUAUGAUCCAAUUCUUGUCAAACUUCAGAACCUGUCUCUAGUUGUUCAUCUUGAUCUAUCACACAACCAUAUCGUUGAGGAGAUACCUAAAUCUUUCAGUAGUCUCUGCAACUUCACAACCCUUAAUCUCCAAUCCAACAAUUUUUCGGGUGACGUGUCUGAGCUUCUUGAAAGAUUUUGUGAAUGUGAGUCACCUAAACUGGAAUUGAUAGCUUUAGGUGGCAAUCAUGUCACUGGUCGACUCCCGGAAAAACUAGGAAGAUUGAAGAAUCUGACGAGAAUUGAUCUCUCAUCCAAUAAGUUAACUGGGAUUCUUCCAAGUUCAUUAGGAAGUUUGUCACUGUUGAAGAUAUUACAGCUUAAUAGAAAUCAACUCGAGGGUUCAAUCCCGGAUUCAGUUGGUGAUCUAUCCUCGUUGGAACUUUUGACACUUUCCUACAACAAUUUAAACGGAAGUCUUCCUAAAAGUGUUGGAAAACUUGGGAAACUAAGUUUUCUAGAACUUCAUCACAAUUUGUUGACAGGUAUUGUGAUGGAAAACCAUUUCGCGAAUCUAACUGCCUUGGAGACUUUGUGGGUUGGGGACAAUAAUAAGUUAACGUUUAACCUAGUCAACAACAGUUGGAACCCGCCAUUCAACCUCAAAGUGUUGCGAAUAGGUUCUUGUAGUUUAGGCCCACUUUUUCCUUCGUGGGUUCAAUCUCAAAGAAACUUGGAAGAGUUGGAUUUAGCAAACGCAAACAUAUCAGACACUAUCCCGAAUUGGAUGUGGAGUACUUUCUCUUUAGUAACGUUCUUGAACAUAUCCCAUAAUAAUAUUAUGGGGAAACUGGGAAACGUUGAUUUUCUUACACCGGAGGCAGUAGUAGAUAUGAGUUCUAACCAUUUCCAUGGUGAGCUCCCUAGUUAUUUCAAUCAACCUGACUUUGCUUUCUUGGAUCUUUCAUAUAAUAAUCUUUCUGGAUCUUUAGACCAGUUCUUGUGUUCUGGAAUUCAGCCAUUGCAACAGUUAAGUGUUCUUAAUCUAGCAAACAAUAACAUGUCAGGUGAUCUACCAGAUUGUUGGAUGAAAUGGGAAUAUUUGGUAGUCCUAAACCUAGAAAACAACAGUUUAUCUGGUAAAAUUCCGUCAUCUUUGGGAAAUAUUUAUCGGUUGGCAUCACUAAACAUAAGAAAUAACAAGUUAUCUGGUGAAAUACCGAUGUCUCUUUUGAAUUCCAAAAGCUUGUUGAUUGUUGAGCUUGCAGAAAAUGAACUCACUGGAAGAAUCCCGGAUUCGAUAGGAAGAAACAAUACAAGUUUGAAAAUUCUGAGUCUUCGAUCCAACAAGUUAGAAGGUGAAAUCCCGAAUGAAAUAUGUAGUUUCAGUUCUAUACAAGUUUUGGAUCUUGCUGGCAACAAUCUUUCUGGGUACCUACCAAAAUGCUUUACAAACUUCACUGUCUUUUCUGGACAACAGACUUCCAAUCCCAUUGUUCUUUACAAUACUAUUUUCCAGAAUAUAGUUUUAGGCAGUGCGACAUUGGUGACAAAGGGACAGUUUUAUUUAUAUAGCAGCAUUCUGUAUUUAGUGACGACAAUAGACCUUUCUAAUAACAACUUUUCUGGGUCGAUUCCAAAUGAACUCUUCUCACUUUCAAGCUUACGUUACUUGAAUCUUUCACAAAAUCAGUUAACAGGAAGAAUUCCCAACACUUUCAUUGAAAUGAGAGAGCUCGAAUCUUUGGAUUUGUCUAUGAACUAUCUUGAUGGGGAGAUUCCUUUUAGCUUGGCGGGGUUAAGUGGUCUGAGUUUGUUGAACGUGUCAUACAACAAACUUACAGGAACAAUCCCUAUAGGAAGUCAGAUUCAAACCUUCAAUGAAUUUAGUUUCAUUGGAAAUGCACUUUGUGGGACUCCUCUUCCAGGGUGUCGACCAAAUAGUGACGCUACCAACGGUACUAAUGAUGAUCAUGACGUCGACGUCCCUGAUGGCACUGAUUGGAUCCUUGUAAUAUGUACGAUUGUUGGAUUGGCUGUUGGUUUUUGGAUCACGAUUGGCAUGUUGAUUGCUAGCAAACAAUGGAGAGAUGCAUAUUAUCAUUUUCUAGACAAGAUGAGGAUCAAGCUCGCAAAUUUUAUUUCUCUCAUAUUCAUGUAA